CACUACGCUGACACUAUGGCUUCGAAGAAGGGCACCCAGCCGAUCCACAUCGACACCGGCUGCAUGGCGACGAUCGAGGGCGCACGUUACGGCGAGCGCGAGGUGUUGAGGGUGCUGGAUGACCACGACGGCUCGAGCGACGACCUCGCGAUCUUCGACGCGAAG